CAUGGCGAAAGUGGGUUUGUUGAUUUUGAUUCUGAUUUUGAUGGGAGCUGAUGCUGCCAAUGAAAAGCUUGGAGCUUCCUUUAUAUUUGGUGAUUCUCUGGUUGAUGCUGGAAAUAAUAACUAUUUGCCAACCUUGUCUAAGGCCAAUCUUCGCCCCAAUGGGAUUGAUUAUCAGGCUUCCGGAGGGGCCCCCACCGGCCGAUUCACCAACGGCAGAACCAUCGGCGACAUCGUCGGUGAAGAGUUGGGUCAACCAAAGCACGCAGUGCCAUUUCUGUCCCCAAACUCCACCGCAAAAUCAAUACUAAACGGCGUUAACUACGCCUCCGGCGGCGGCGGAAUCCUCAACGCCACCGGAAGAAUCUUUGUAAAUCGGUUGGGAAUGGAUAUUCAGGUGGAUUUCUUCAACAUAACGAGAAAACAGUUGGAUAAAUUGUUGGGAGCUUCGAAAGCGAGAGAUUAUAUUACCAAAAACUCCAUCUUCUCCAUCACCGUUGGAGCCAACGAUUUCUUGAACAAUUAUCUUCUUCCGGUGCUCUCCAUCGGCGCUCGGAUCUCGCAGAGCCCCGAUUCUUUUAUCGACGACAUGAUCGCUCAUCUUAGAGAUCAGCUCACUAGAUUGUACCACUUGGAUGCUAGGAAAUUUGUGGUGGGAAAUGUGGGUCCAAUAGGGUGCAUACCCUACCAAAAGACCAUCAACCAAUUAAAUGAAGACCAAUGUGUUGAUUUGGCCAAUAAGUUGGCCCUUCAAUACAAUGCCAAAUUGAAGGAUUUGCUCUCCACUCUCAACAAAAAUCUCCCUUCCUCAACUUUUGUCUAUGCCAAUGUCUAUGAUCUUGUCAUGGAUCUCAUCGUAAACUAUGACAAUUAUGGAUUCAAGACGGCAAGUAGAGCAUGUUGUGGGAAUGGAGGGCAGUUCGCGGGAAUAAUACCCUGCGGCCCACAAUCAAGCCUCUGCACAGACAGAUCAACGCAUGUCUUUUGGGACCCUUACCAUCCAAGUGAAGCUGCCAACCUUAUUCUUGCCAAAAAAUUGCUCGACGGCGACCAAAAAUACAUUUCUCCGGUGAACCUCAGGCAGCUUCGCGACCUCUAAUUAGCGUUUCAUUGAUGAAGGAACACAAGAAGGGUCUUGGGAGCAGCUUAUAUUGGUAUAUUAUUCAAGAACUUGAUGAAUAUAUGACAUGUUUUGGAUUGCCUUUGAACUGUUCGACGAAUUGCCCCAAUGGUGCUUUCCUUUGGAUUCCUGUCUUUUUUUUUAAUGUGUUUGGAUUGUCAUCUCUGAUCUUAUUCUCUCGAGUUGAAUUGAGCCCAUUAGAGAAACAAGGAGAUAUUAGAGUUGGGGAAUUUUAGAGCUCGUUUGGUAUUGU